CCGGCUGUCGCUGCAGACCCGGCCGACGGGGCGGGCCCGCCAGUUCGUUCACCCCUGGGCCUCCGUUUCUCCGGGACAGAGGGGGCUUGCCCGGGUGCCCCCUUGUGCCUGGCCCGCCGUCUCGGGACGACCAGCUUGCACCGCCGGCACCGCCCCCGGCACAGCCCCCACCCCUAGCCCUUCGCUGGCUUGACUCAGAUUUCAGUCAUUCUCGCCAUAAACCAUAGAAAGCUCCAGAAAGAAUGAUGUUUUAGUGUCUGAGCUUCAGAGUGACCCUUGUACUCAGCAGGGCCCAAAAAUCCUUUGUGGGACCACGUGUCCGAUGUUUGUUUUGGAAAAUAGGCCUUUUUGUUUCUGGCUGAAAUCCGGACACCCGCUGAGCUUCUCCCUUGAUCUGGAGGUUGGAGGAGGCCGGCCGCUGGGAACUUGUUUCUGGGGCACAGGCCGCCCAGGGUCUGCACCCAGAAGGGAGACACAGGCAGACUCUUGCCCUGGGCUGUCCACCGUGCCCCAGCCAGACGCUGGGCCAGGGGAGGAGCCUGAGUGGGUGUGAGGAGAGCCCGGUCAUUGGGGACAGGGGGAUACCCAGCUCCCUGGGCUAACACUGGUGUGUCUGGGUCAAGGAGCAGGACAGUGUAGCUCUGGCCUGCCCAGAAGUGUGCAGGGUAGAGGGUCAGAUGAUGUGGGGACCAGCACUGAGCUUCCAGGAGGGUGGAUCCCAUCUGGGAAGGGAAAGAGGGCCACAUCUCAGGUGUGCAGAGGCAGCAGCGUGCAGGGGCUUGGGGACAAUCUGGCUGUGGUGUCCUGUGACACCCACUUCUGCUGCCUCUUCCAGCUGGGCUGAGGGCCACUCCAGGACAUUCCUUGUCCUCCCCAGAGCCUGCCAGCCCUCUGGGACGGCUGGGAAGACAUCCUGCCUGGCCCUGACCUGCUGUCUCCCUCUGUUCCCUCAUUCCUGCUUUCCCCCCACAGGCCUUGGGCCUGGGCCUCUCAGCAAGCACAGGCCCUUUCCACUGCCCAGCUCUGCCAUGUCCCCAGCCAAAGGGGACCCUGGAGGGAGGCAGUUUGAACUCCAAGGUGUUCUUGUUACUGUCUGCUAUCUCAGCUAUUCAGGGUGAAUGCUUCCACAGCCUGGCACUGUCUGCUAACCCCCAGCCUGUCCCCAGCCUGGCUUUGUCCCACAUCGAUCCCUAGGGCUCGUCCCCAGAGGCCCCCAAGGUCUGUGUUUGGGAACAGCCAGGCCAGCCUUGGGAAUUUCCAUGCCAUGUCCCCACCCUCUGGCUGGCCUCUGGGUUCUGCUCUGGUUCCAGAUCUCAAUUAACUGGAUGGAGCACAGCUGGCCCCAGGGGUGUCCCGGAGGCUCUCAUUGGCUGACUGGAUAGUCAGCAGCACCCUGUUGGCUUUGGCUGGGACACCCGACCCAGGGCUGUGUGGGGUUCCCAGCACCUUGAUCUUCCCAGUGCUUCCACCUCACCUCCCAGGGCCUGCCGCCAACGAGGCAGGCAGGGCCUGUGGGAGGCAUUUCCCCAACAGGGCUGAGCUGACUCGGUGCCACAGGACACACCCGCUUGGUACUGGGAGCCCAAGUUGCAGAGUGGGUGGUGCUGGUAACCCCCCAGCCAUGGCUUGGUCUCUCCAGGUCCUUCACCAGAGCCACCACCAGGUGGUUCUGGGGCCUGAGCUAGGACCCCAUGUGAGGCGCCCACCUGUUGGGGUCUCCCUGCCCAGCCCCUCCCCAGUUUGGGCCCUGGCCACCUGCCUGAGCAGCCCGGCUGCUUGCCUGCCAGUGAGUCACCAUGCAGACACCACCCACGCUGGGCAGGAUUCCCACCCCACUGGCCCAGCAGCUUGGCCUCAGGGCCUGGCCGGUCAGAGGCACCCACAGCUCCUCCAUGGCCUGUUUCCCUGGGGUUGGAGAGUCAGGCAAAGUCAGAGUGCUGACCUCUUGUGUGCCUAUGCAGGGGAUGAGCUGGAGCAGAUCCGGCCCAGUGUGUACCGCAAUGUGGCCGGCCAGCUGCACCUCUCCGUGCAGUCGGAGCCCGUGGUGACAGAUGCAUUCCUGGCUGUGGCAGGCCACAUCUUCUCUGCAGGCAUCACGUGGGGCAAAGUGGUGUCCCUGUACGCAGUGGCUGCAGGACUGGCUGUGGACUGUGUGCGGCAGGCCCAGCCCGCCAUGGUCCACGCCCUGGUGGACUGCCUGGGGGAGUUUGUGCGCAAGACCCUGGCAGCCUGGCUGAGGCGGCGUGGUGGAUGGACUGAUGUCCUCAGAUGCGUGGUCAGCACGGACCCUGGCCUCCGUGCACACUGGCUGGUGGCUGCGCUCUGCAGUUUUGGCCGCUUCCUGAAGGCUGCCUUUUUCAUGCUGCUGCCGGAGAGAUGAGCUGCCCAUCUGGACAGGAGCUGUGGCUUGGCCCCCUGGGUCCAUCCCUGGAGGCCAGCCACACCUGGGAAGCAUCUCUCCUCUCUGAGCCCAUCCCUCUGCAGACCCAGGCCCCUGGAGGGGUGAGUGGAGAGGACUGCCUUUCGUGCAGCUGUGGCCCUUCUGGGGGACCCUGCAGCACAUGCUCCCUGAUGCCCCUGCCUCAGGAAGGGCCAUCCCAGAUACCGGCUGGCUGUGGUCCUCGGGGGCUGCGGGCCCUGCACAGUCCACCUGCGGAGUCUCUGCCUGCUGAAGUGGGAGGACUGAGCGCUCUGACCAGCUGUCAACAGCCUAAGGCUCCCGCGCUGGUGGCCUCACCCAUUUGUAGACGGGGGAAGUGCCCUGACCGUAGUGGAGUACUCGUGUAGGUUCCAGGCCAGUGUCCUGACCAGUGGACCUGUGAUCCUGUGGGCAAGGGGGACCCCCGGAGCUUCACCUCGGUGGAGGACGAUUGUGUGCCUGGCUUUCCUUGUGUCCCCCUCAUCCGGCUCCCAGGAAGCCCAGCCCCGUGGAGUGCCCUGCAGUCCAGGCUGGCCCAGGCGGGGUCCUGUAGCCCCAGCAGCCCAGCCCUGCUGAGUGGGGCCUGGGUGGCUGCACUCAGUGCCCUUCCUCUCUGGCUCCUGUCCCCACCUGGCAGCUCCACUGGCUAACAGCCUGUCCCCAGGCCAGGAGCUGGAGCCUGCCUGCCUGGCAGAGAGGGUCGUGCACGGGGGAUGGGCAGAGCCUGGAAAAUAAAGUCCCAACUGUGGUUUCACUGUA